AUGCGAGCCCCGGCCCCGCUGGCGCUGGGUUGCGUCAGCUUCGCGCUGUGUCUGCUGGAGCUGCCCCGCGGCCGGGCCCUGCCGCCCCUCAGGGACUCGCCGGCCCGGAGACCCCCGGAGCUUUUCCCUUCUCUUCUCGGGGACCCCCCUGGCCCCGAGCCCCACGCGCUGCUGCCGCCGCCCGUCAGGACCCCGCGGCACCGACCCCCGGACCCUCGGCACCGACCCCCGAACCCUCGGCACCGACCCCCGGCCCCCCGGCACGGCCAGUGGGUCGCCCCCCGGCGCGGUGCCCUCCCGGCCCCCCGGCACAGACUGCUCGCCCGCCGGCGGCCCCCGUGGCGCGUCCAGCGCCUCCUCCUGCGGCACGACCGACGGCGGGACCCCCGGCCCCGGCGGCACACCGGGGGGCACCCGGUGCGGGUGGGCUGCGUGCUGGGCACGUGCCAGGUGCAGAACCUGAGCCACCGCCUGUGGCAGCUGCGGGGCCAGUCGGGGCGCCGGGACUCGUCCCCCAUGAACCCCAACAGCCCCCACAGCUACGGCUGA